AGCAAGGAGCUGAGGGGGUUGAUGUCCGAGGCCUAGAAGAGGGCAAGCUAUUUGAACCCAGGCAAGAACCCUUUGUACCACCACCGAUUGAGGAAGUGAUUCCUCCUCCACCAGAAUUUCCUGCAGAUCCUUGGCAAGCUUUCCUAGACUACAUGGCGGCCACGGAAGGACAAGAGUCCCAGGUGAAGAUGGGGCUGGAGGGCCAUGUCAUCGAGAGAGGCAUGCACAAGGGCAAGGGUGUUGCCGUCUUUACCAGUGGAGGCGACUCCCAGGGUAUGAAUGCUGCAGUCCGUGCUGUAGUUCGCAUGGGCCUGUAUGUUGGUGCCCGGGUAUUCUUCAUCAAGGAGGGUUACCAGGGCAUGGUAGAUGGUGGUGAUCAUAUUGUAGAAGCAACUUGGUCCAGCGUCUCCGGCAUCAUCCAUAAGGGUGGCACAGUCAUUGGCUCGGCCCGCUGCAAAGAUUUCCGCGACCGUGAAGGGCGCAUGAAAGCUGCUAAGAACCUGAUCACGGGUAUCACAAACCUGGUGGUGAUUGGUGGUGAUGGCUCACUCACUGGUGCCAUCUUCAAGCAAGAUUGGCCAGCACUUCUCCAGCGUCUGACAACCCUAGGUGAGAUCACUGAGGAGGAGAAAGCCAAGAACACCCACCUGAACAUCGUGGGCAUGGUGGGCUCCAUCGACAAUGACUUCUGUGGCACGGACAUGACUAUCGGCACUGAUUCAGCUCUCCACAGGAUCAUUGAGGCUGUUGAUGCCAUUGCCUCGACCGCCUACUCCCACCAGCGCUGUUUCAUCCUGGAAGUCAUGGGCAGGCACUGUGGGUAUUUGGCCCUUGUUGCUGCUUUGACCUCUGAGGCUGAUUACGUUUUCAUUCCUGAAAAUCCUCCUCCAGAAAACUGGCAGGAAAAGAUCUGUAGCAAGCUGCAGCAGGCAAGAAGACUUAACCCACAAAGCUAUCUGAGUCUAUCAGGGUCCAUUGCCACAGAGGCAGAUUUCAUGUUCAUUCCGGAGUACCCUCCUGAACAUGACUGGCCAGCUAAGAUGUGCGAGAAACUGGAAUCGGAACGUUCCAUGGGUCAGCGCUUGAACAUCAUUCUGGUCGCUGAAGGAGCAAUUGAUCAGCAGGGCGAGGCCAUUACAGCGGAAGGAGUGAAGAAGGUUAUUGUUGACCAGCUUGGUUUUGACACUCGCAUCACCGUGUUGGGUCACGUCCAGCGCGGUGGUUCACCUUCUGCCUUUGAUCGUCUUUUGGGUUGUCGUAUGGGUGCUGAAGCUGUUCUGGCUCUCAUGGAAGCUACCUCAGACACAGAGCCCUGUGUCAUCUCCCUGGACGGCAACCAGGCUGUUCGCGUUCCUCUGAUGGCUUGUGUGCUGAAGACCCAGGCUGUUGCUAGGGCUAUGCAGGACCGUAACUGGGAACAGGCUGUGCAAAUGCGUGGCAGGAGCUUCGCCAGGAACCUCGAGACCUACAAGAUGCUGACGAGGCUGAGGCCCCCAAGCCUCUGGAAGGAAAGCCUCAUAUCUAAUGGACUCAUUGCCAUACAGGGAGGCUUCAACUUGGGUGUCAUGCACAUUGGUGCCCCAGCCUGUGGCAUGAACGCAGCCGUGAGGUCCUUCGUACGUAACAGCAUCUACCGUGGAGACACCGUCUAUGGUAUUCAUGAUGGUGUUGAUGGCUUGGUUGAGGGUAAUAUCCAGGAAAUGACCUGGUCAGAAGUGACUGGCUGGGUUGGCCAGGGAGGUGCUUUCUUGGGUACUAAGCGCACAUUGCCUGACAAGUACCUUGACCAGAUUGCUGCCCGCUUUAGGGAGUAUAAGAUACACUCUAUCCUGAUUGUGGGUGGCUUCGAGGCCUACCAUGCUCUGCUCCAGCUGUAUGAGGCCCGUGGAAAGUACCCCGAGUUCUGCAUCCCAAUGGUUGUCAUCCCUGCCACCAUCAGCAACAAUGUUCCUGGCAGCGACUUCAGCUUGGGAUGUGAUACCUCCCUCAAUGAAAUUGUCGAGAUCUGUGACCGUAUCAGGCAAUCGGCUCAAGGUACCAAACGUCGUGUGUUUGUUGUUGAGACCAUGGGUGGAUAUUGUGGCUAUUUGGCAACACUUGCAGGCUUAGCUGGUGGAGCUGAUGCUGCUUACAUCUAUGAAGAAUCAUUUGGCAUUCAGGAAUUGCAACUGGACGUUUAUCACAUGGCAGCCAAAAUGGCUGAAGGAGUCCAGCGUGGCCUGGUUCUCCGCAAUGAAAAUGCCAAUGAAAAUUAUACCACAGACUUUAUUUUCCGUUUGUAUUCUGAGGAAGGAAAGGGUAUCUUCAGCUGUAGGAAAAAUGUGUUGGGUCACAUGCAACAGGGUGGCUCUCCAUCUGUGUUUGAUCGUAAUAUGGGCACCAAGAUGGCUGCCAAGGCUGUCAACUGGAUGACUGAGGAGAUGCUUAAGUAUCGUCGCCAAGAUGGAUCUGUUUUCUGUGAUGAGGCUUCGACAGCAGUAUUACUUGGUCUGCAGAAGAGAGUAUAUCAAUUCCAGCCCGUGGCAGAGCUCAAACGCCAGACAGACUGGGACCGUCGCAUUCCCUUAAAUGAAUGGUGGCUGAAGCUGCGUCCUCUCCUCCGAAUUUUGGCCAAGCAUGACGCUGCCUACCAUGAGGAGGGCAUCAAUGUGAAGGAAGUCGAAGAAGCACUUGAUUAAAGUGUCGCAGAUAACCUCAGUGUACAGAGACCUAUGGUUACAUCUUCGAGUAUUUAUUAAUUUUCUGGUGAAUUCUGAUGCUGAUGGAGAAUAUAUGAAGUUAUUAUUAUUGUUUUGUUUAAAGAUGAAAAUGUUAUAUUUAUUACUUAUGCAAUCAGUGAUAGCGGGGAAAAAAUGUAUAAUAUAUAUAUAUAUAUAUAUAUAUAAACAUUUUAAGUGUAUGUGUCAUUGAUUUGGUGAAUUGGUAAGCCUGUUUGGUGUGCCAGUUUCAUUCAUUAUUUAUUUUACCUGAAGAGAAUUAAUUUUCAAAGACAGACAAUGUUACAUAUAUUAUCCAAGAGCAGGUAUGGUAACUUAUUUAAGAUAGCCAUUAGGAAAGAGAGUAGAUUAAAAGUAGAGAAAUCAUGAUGAAAUAUUAUUUCUGACAGUUUAUGAUAUUGGGUUAUCCAAAUUUUGAUGUAACAAGUAGCUUGCUGUCCUCCUAUUUUGAAAAUGCUGUGAAGCAGUACUGUAUUUAUUGUUAGAAACUCAGGCCAUGCUUCUAUUCUAAAAAAUUAUUUUGUCUGUUUUGUAUUUAAAAUCAUGACAAUUUCUUGUACAAAGCUGUUUUUUUUGCAAUUGAGUAAAGCUGGCACCUACUUGGAGGAACUAAUAGACACUGAACCUCAGCAGUAUUACUGAGUGUGUUUAUUUAUUGAUGUUGUAGCACAGACAAGGCAAUAAUGUACAGAAGUCAUCAGUUUUGAUGCUUGUGCAGGUAAAUAAGACCACAAGAGUGACUAUUUCUAUAGGGCAAGAAGUAUUUAGUUUAAAGGUGUGUCUGGAAAGGAUCUGUGUGAAAUGGUACAGUAUAAAAUGUUUAGUAAAUACUCAUAGAAAGCUUGGAAAUAUUCACCUGAUAUAUUCUUGUCUGCCAGUCAUUGUCGUGAGCUUACACCAGUGCUGGUGCAUUCCAUGCUUUCAAAUAGGCUUUAUAAUUUUGAUUGGAAAAUAUUUUUGUUUUUUGUUUUAUUUAAUCAAUUGGCUGUUCUGUGUUCAUGUAUUUUUCUUUGUAAUCUAUGUCAUCAAAAUACUGCCAAUGUUAUCAUUUAUAAAAGAAUGUAAGAGCUAAGUUAUUUGCAGGAGUGCGUCUAGUCAAGCUCAGAUCACCGGGAAAAGAAAGUUUUGCACCAUCUCUUCCUCAUAUUAACCCAUAAUCAUGUUCGACAAACACUCAUAUCUUACUUGUCAUCUUUAUAAAAGAGGGACUUCAUGGAACAUUCAUAUAAUUCUAAAGUCUCUCCUCUUUAAGAGCAGAAAAUGUCUACUUGAUACCAUAUCUUGUAAAUUUUCUCUUAAAUGUUUUUUGUUAUUGUUACUCAUUCAAAAAUGUUCCAUGUAGUGAAACAACAGGCUUCAAGUGUGUUCAAAUCAUUAAAGCUAGAAAGUAUACAGUAUAUUAUUAUAAGAUUCCACAUGGCUACAAGUGUCUCAAAUUUAGCCACAGAAAAGUCUGCAAAGGUGGUCAUGGUGGUAAUGAAAGACAAAGUUUCACAAUACGUGUAUAUUUAUUAGUGUUGUCAAAGAAAACAUAUUAUUUAAUACCUUGUAUUGUGGGCAGGCAGACCCACCAUUAAAAAAUUAGAUAAUUUCCUACUUAUGAAGAUGCCCUUUUGUAAUCCUUUGAUAUAUUUUUACUCAUUUGUGCUGUACUUCUGUUGCCAAAUAGUGCUCCAUUCCUGUCCUGGGAUGUUGCUACAGUCAAAAUAUACCAUUUGUGGAACGUAAAA